UACUGUCUCCAUUGUCAACUUAGCGUGGCCAACUCAAUCAUGCAGGUGGUUUGCAAUCUGAUCAAACUCAAACCUGCACCGAAAGCCGGAGGUCCGCGGUCGCGCCGGGCUGCCGGAGUGAAGGGAAUGGAGAAGGCGGCGGCCGCCAACGCGUUGCCACCGUUGCGGUUCCUCGCCGUUCUCGCCGUGAUAUCGUGGACCUUCUUUCUCUACUUACAUUUCUCCAUUCUCAGCGGCGGGGUGCAGAUGUGGCACGGGGAUGACAGCGCCGACCCGUGCCGGGGCCGGUACAUCUACGUGCACGACCUGCCGCCCCGCUUCAACGCCGACAUGCUCCGCGACUGCCGCAAGACCGAAGACCACUGGGGGGGCAUGUGCGGCUUCGUGAGCAACGCCGGCCUCGGCCAGCCGCUCGCCGACGACGCCGACGGCGUCAUCACGGGCGAGGCCGGGUGGUACGGCACGCACCAGUUCGCGCUCGACGCCAUCUUCCACAACCGGAUGAAGCAGUACGAGUGCCUGACCAACAACUCCGCCGUGGCCGCCGCCGUCUUCGUCCCGUUCUACGCCGGCUUCGACUUCGUCCGCUACCACUGGGGCUAUGACAAUGCCACCAGGGACGCCGCGACGGUCGACCUAACGGAGUGGCUCAUGGCGCGUCCCCAGUGGCGGCGCAUGGGCGGGCGCGACCACUUCCUCGUCGCCGGGCGGACGGGGUGGGACUUCCGGAGGAGCAACAACGUCAACCCGAACUGGGGCACCGACCUCCUCGCCAUGCCGGCCAGCCGCAACAUGUCGGUGCUCGUCCUCGAGUCCACGCUGCUGCACGGCAGCGACUACCCCGUGCCGUACCCGACCUACUUCCACCCCAGGUCGGACGCCGACGUUCUCCGGUGGCAAGACAGGGUGCGCGCCCAGGAGCGGACGUGGCUCAUGGCGUUCGUGGGCGCGCCGCGGCCGGACGUUCCAAUAAACAUCCGGGUCCGGGAUCACGUCAUCGCGCAGUGCAGGGCGUCCGCCGCCUGCAGCGAGCUGGGGUGCGCGCGCAACAUCGGCAGCACCCAGUGCCACACCCCCGGCAACAUCGUGCGGCUGUUUCAGAAGACCACCUUCUGCCUGCAGCCGCCCGGCGACUCGUGCACGCGGCGGUCGGUGUUCGACUCCAUGGUGGCCGGCUGCAUCCCGGUGUUCUUCCACCCGGGGUCGGCGUACAAGCAGUACAGGUGGCACCUCCCCAAGGACCACCUCAAGUACUCGGUGUUCAUCCCGGACGUGGACGUGCGGGAGCGCAACGUGAGCAUCGAGGCCGUGCUCCGGGCGAUCCCUCCGGCCACGGUGCGUCGGAUGCGGGAGGAGGUGAUCAGGCUCAUCCCGUCGGUGAUCUACGCCGACCCCAGGUCGAAGCUGGAGACCGUCAAGGACGCGUUCGACGUCGCCGUCGAGGGGAUCAUGGAUACGGUGGCGCGGCUCAGGAACGGCGAGGAAGUCGACAGUGGCGGGGCGAUCAGCGAGGACCCGCCGUUCCUGUACGUCUCGACGGAGUCCAGGUUGCGAUCCGGACAACAAUCUGUGCAAUCAGAUCGCUAGCUCCGUCGGCGUGCACAAAAAAUAAGUGCAGAAUAGUCGAAUCAACGUGUCACAAAAUGCAGCAGAAUAGUAAAGCUGAUACUCCUAUUUAGUUGCAUUAGGGUACCGUUCUUCUUCUCAUAUUGUUUUUCAUUUGAAUUAUUCUUCUACUCGUAUUCGUUUACACUAGAUUGGUAUCUACAUUGCUCACAGCGACUUCAAAUUGUGAUCGCCGUUGUACAUUGAAUCGCAGAAAAAUCAGUGUGAGA